AAUCAUACUUAUCCCCCAUUUAAGUUUUUUGUUGGGUUUAGCUUUGCGGUCCGUCUUUGUAAUGGAAUCGCCUGUCACCAACAAAUUCCGAUCGCUGUAACACCGGAUUUCGAAUUCUCAAUCCACCACUACCCGAACGGGCUUCACCCACAAGCUCCUGUUACCUUCCUUUCUCUUUAUCUCCCUCACAGACAAAUUCUCUGUCGAUGAUUUGAAGGUUUGAGCUGCAACCCUAGCAUCAAGGUAAAUGAGUAGGGAUGAGGAUGACUUGGUUAGCCCUCAUGAUGAGGACAUGGAUGUAGGACUCCAAACAUCAGAUAGGUUAGACUUAAAUCUGGAUCAGGACUGUCACAAUCCAAAUGUGGCUCAGGUUACUGGAGCUCAAUGCAGUCUCUCCUCCAAAGGUGAUUCCAUUACAAAUGGGGUGCUAAAAAUUGGUACAGAGUUUGAAUCAGACGAACAUGCUUAUAGUUUUUACAGCAAGUAUGCUAGAUUGGUAGGUUUCAGUGUUCGAAAGGAUUGGGUAAAUAGGAGUAAGGUGCAUGGUCUAGUGGUGUCUAGAAAGUUUACUUGCUCUAAGGAAGGUUAUCGACGGAAAGACAAGAGAGAUGCUAAUGUGAAGAAGCACAGAAAGGAAACCAGAACUGGUUGCUUGGCACACUUGAUCAUCACUCGUCAACCUGAUGGUAAAUACCGGGUUACACAUUUUGAAGCGGAACACAACCAUGACAGUAUAAACCCAAAUAAUGUUCAAACAUUACCAUUUCAGAAGGAAUUAUGUGUUACCGAAGCUGCAGAAGCUGACUUGCCAAGUAAUUUGGGGGCAGAGUCAAAUUCCGCCUUUGAAUUAAUGAACAGAAGAUUUGAAGUAGGUGAGUCUCUUGAUUAUAUAGCCAUGGAUUUUGAUAAUUACCUACAAUCUGAAAGAGUUAGAGAUAUGAAAAGGGGGGAGGCAGGACGCUUACUGCGUUAUUUUCAGAGGCUGCACUUUGAAAGCCCAACAUUCUUUCAUGCGAUACAGGUUGAUAUAGAUGACAAAAUAAGCAACAUUUUUUGGGCUGAUGAUACGAUGGUAGUGGAUUACGACCAUUUUGGUGAUGUUAUUUGUUUGGACACAACUUACCGAACAAAUAAAGAUAUUCAGCCAUUUGUACAGUUUAUAGGAGUGAAUCAUCACAAUCAAGCUGUAACUUUUGCUGCUGCACUUUUAUUUGAUGACACUGUUGAAUCGCUCAAGUGGCUAUUUAGAACCUUUCUAGAGGCAAUGUCUGGAAAGAAGCCAAAAGUUAUUCUCACUGAUCAAGAUGCAGCAAUUGUUGAAGCAAUUAAAUCUGUCUUGCCAGAAACAAGCCAUCGUAUCUGUGUUUGGCAGAUGUGCCAGAAUGCUCUUAAUCACCUUAGCCAUGCAUUGAAGGAUACUGAAUCUUUUUCCAGUGAUUUUAGAAGUUGUAUCUAUGAUCUCAAUGAUGAGGAGGAUUUCAUUCAUGCCUGGGAGGCUUUGCUGGAUAAAUAUAGUCUUCAGCAAAAUGAGUGGCUAAGAUGGAUGUUUAGAGAAAGAGAGAAAUGGGCCAUCGUAUAUGGCAUGAACACAUUUUUUCUUGAUGCCAGAGGCUGUCAUGUGGCUGAAGAUUUACAUAGGAACUUGAGAAGUAACUUAAGCUCUGAUCAAGAUGCACUUCAGUUUUUCAAGGUUUUUGAGAGGAUGGUGGAUGAGCAACGCUUCAAAGAAUUACAAGCUAAUGAUGAGAUGACUAGAUGCAUGCCAAGGUUAAUGGGGAAUGUAGUUUUGCUAAAGCAUGCAAGUGACAUGUACACGCCAAAGGCAUUUGAAAUAUUUCAGAAAGAAUAUGAGAAGUGUUUAAAUUUUGUUGUUAGCCAGUGCAGUGAGAGUAGCCUUUUUCUUGAGUACAAAGUGAAUACAUUUGGGCGAAGUCGAGAAUAUACUGUCACAUUCAAUCCUUCAGAUGAUACAGUCAUUUGCAGUUGUAGGAAAUUUGAAAAUGUUGGAUUUCUGUGUGGCCAUGCUCUGAAAGUACUUGAUCAGAAGAAUAUAAAGGUGCUUCCCUCCAAAUAUAUCCUGAAGAGAUGGACAAAAGAUGCGAGGAUUGGCUAUGUGAGAGAGAGCAAAGAGUUCAUUGCACAAGAAAACCCCAAGUUGGUUGCUGGUAGCCGGUACAAAGCUUUGUGCCGCAGAAUGCUUAAAAUAUCAGCUAGAGCCACUGAAUCAGAGGAAGCAUUUCAGUUUGCUUCAAGACAACUUGAUCAAAUGAUUGAAGCAGUGGAGAAAAUCUUGACAAUAAAACAUGAGGAGGCUCAUGGUAUUGCCUCAAGCAGCACUGCUGCAAAUGUCUCUGAAAGUGGGAAUGCAGAGAUUUUCUUGGAUAAGAGAACAGUUGAGGAUCAGGAUGAGGACAACAGAGUAGCGGGAAUAGAAGACAACGAUGGUGCUGUCCCUGAGAGGCACCAACUGAAAUAUAUGAAAGAAAAAAGCUCUAAGAAACAUGGAUUUCCAAGUGCACUACCACCUGCACCAGAUACGGAUACCUUUGUUUCAAGUCCUCAACAAGCAUGUGUUUCAACAGAAGCCCUAACAUCAAAUCCUCUUCUGCAGGGUUUGUAUAUUUUUGAGUCUAACCAGGAGGUUAUGUACCACCAGCAGAAUCCAGUCAUAAGCCAUCAAGAUAAUCCCAAUCUAUAUCAACCAUCAAACUUUUACUCUGACCAGCAUGACUCAUCUCGGCAAACUCCAUUACUUCAGGCAAUGGAUCUUGAUCUCCAACAUCCACAACCUUCUUCAUUCAUGUUAUAUGAUCUUAGAUAUAGAGCUUCAGACACAUCUUUCCUUGGAUCAAAGUAAAGAUGAAGAAUAUGGCAUGACAUUAUUUCUCCCUCCACAAAUGAAAUUUUGCAGCUGUACAGUCUGGAGUGUUCCAUUUUUUUUAAUCUAACAAAUGGGUUUUAUAGCCUUCCUUUUCUUCCACUCCUAUAUUGCUCAAUAGAAUACCUUCUUUUCUCACAAAAGUAUAUUUUUCACAUGUUACGUUUUAUUUGGUUAAUUUUCAUUGGUCGUCUCUCAACUUUGAUGGUUGUUUCACUUCUGUCCCUUAACUUCACUUUAUUACUAAAAAAUAUCCCUAAAUUUUAAUUUUGAUUCAAAAAAGUCCCCUUAACUUGAAAUAGUAGGUUUUCAAGUUAAAAAGAAAAUUACUCUUUUACCCUUUUUCUCUCCCUUUUCUUCUCUCUUACAUUCGUUGAACACCUGCUUGGCUGACCUACUGACCAAAAGUGGGGAUAUCUAGAGAUCGGAGGGUCUAAGGUGGAGUGGGUAGAAGGAGAGGGAGUGGGUGAGACAACAGUGGUGGUGGUUAGCAAAAAUGGUGGCUAUGUUGGUGGUGGUGGUUGGGGGGGAGGGGGAGUGAAGGGGUUGUAACAUUGUGGAGAGAAGCGAACUUGGGGGCGUUUGAGCCUUUGAGGUAUUGUUGUUUGCAAGGGGAAAAAGUAAACAUGGAAAGUGAACAAGAUUAGAUUUGCAGGGUGCAUACUGCAUAGUUAGAGUACUUUCAUGCCCUUGGAUUUGUCACCAUUUUGUGGAAAUGCAAUUUAACCUUGUGUGAUGCUAAGACAAAUACUGGGACUAAAAUUGUCUCCAGCUCUUCCCCCUUUUUUUUUUUUUUCCUUUUAUUUUUCUUAUUUCUUUAUGGGUUGACCCUUAUAUAUGCUCUACACUUCUUGAUUUACUAAGGCAAAAAUUUCUUAGUUCUUCC